AUGAACACGCUAUUUCGUUUCGUAUUUUUGCGAGCUCUACCGCUCGUGCAACAACCAGAGCUACGUUCCGCAUCUGCAACCGAGCUCGCUGACAUAGCAAAGCAGAUAACCUCAACUGCACAAGAUCGCUACACGCACCACCUGGAGCGUCUGGAACGUAGCCGCUUAGCACCGUCCGCUGGAACACCGUCCGCUUCCGUACCCGAGACGACCACGCUCGAUGAACGCUCCCAGACGCACGUGCGUUUGGCCUCAUGGGCGCUGGGUGCCUAUCGCACGCUCUACCCUCUGCUCAGUAACGACGAAGAGCGCACCCUCCGAGUCGUUCGACAGGGGUUCGGCGUCCAGGGUGACAGCACACCGCAAAGCGUAUCACUGCUGCAGCGCUUGAUGGUGCGCUUCCGCUUGUUUCUCGCACGAGACCCGCGCCGUGCUCGUCUGAUGCUUGCUGAGCGUUUCGUUGCCGACCUAGGUCCAUUGUUUGAGGCGCGCUGGGCCCCGACGCGGCAUCCCGAAGCGCACGACGUGCUCCUCAUCCAUCGCUGUCUUUACGAGGAAAUCUUUCGCCUCGAGGGCGUGCCCAAACUGUUAUCCUUAUUUUGUGCCAUGGAUCGCGCCAACUUCGUCGACUUGUCACAGUUUACGUUAGAACCAGGGCUAGCAUAUGCCACCAAACGGCAGGCCUGUCGUUUUGAUUUCGGGCCUGCGAAACUUAGCUAG